GCCCUACUCACUUGUAAUUCUCCUCUACGUUUCGAACAGUCUUAUAAAUUGUUCUGAGCUUAAAGUUUUUUUUCAAGUCUUAUAAUAUUGUUUAGUGUUAAUUAUUUCUCCAAGUCUUUUGUAAAAUUUUAGGUGCUUUUAUUAUCAUUAUUUUAUUAUUUUUAAAAACUUUUCUAAAAACAUGGCUGGUUCAAUCGCCGAUAGAAUAUACAAGAAGACCUUCACUUAUGUACCACCAUCACCUCCGGUCGAGCUCAUCGAAUCCACUAGCUACACACUCGACUUUGCGAGCCGCAAAUUUGUACACAUCGGUAUUGACCCGGUUGAAAAAUGUCAAGUGGUUAUUCAUUUGUUAACUUCUUCUCGUCACGCAAAAAUAGCACCGGAUUUUCUCAGACGUGUAUUUCACUUAUGGGAAAUAUUUUAUCUUUUUACCGGAACACACUAAACCCUAAAUGUCCUCUUUGUCACCUAGCUAUUCACUGGUAAUAAGUGAAAUGAGUAGAUUGGAAGAAGAAUGCCAUGCAUGCGAUGAAAUCAAUCCGUCGAAAGAUGACGAUAAUUUAGUUAAGUACGGGUAUUCACCGAUAUCACCAAACUAUUCUCCAGACAACGAUAUAUAUAUAUAUAUUCUAGCUAAGUCUAUCGACGAGAACAAUGGAAUUAGUAGCAGUCUACCGCCACCUACAUUCGAUGGAUAUGAUUUAGAUAAUUUUGCGCAAUACCCUCCGUGGUUUAUUACACCUAGAUAUAUAUAAACUUCGUCAACGACUUUUGCAGUUGAUGAGAACGAUGGUCGGAUUUAGUGUGUUCCGGUGAUCCAUACAAAGUUUAGCUAAUUGAGCAGUCGCAAACAUUUUAAUUUGACUAAGGUUAGGUGUAGCCAUUCUCUGUCUGACUUCUGUGUUACGAAUGUAAAUUUCCAUUAACAGUAAAUUUUUAGGUAAGCACUUUUCACUCAAAUACACUUUAAAAUCAUCCACUUGUUUGAUAAUUUUGGUUAUA